AUGACGGACGAAGUAAGCAGCAGUCUGCCGCAGUCAACCACGAAUAGCCAGUCCAAUGCCCAGCAUUUGCGACAGAAACGAGCACGAUCACAACUAUCUUGUAUCCCUUGCCGCCUUGGUAAGCUCAAGUGUGAUCGAGUCCACGAGCCCGCGUGUGACCAAUGUAUCAAACGCAAUCGCGAGACAAGCUGUAAAUGGGCGCCUCCGCCGACCAAACAGAAGAAUACACAGAAUGUAAAGAGUCGAGUAAGGCAAUUGGAGAGCAUGGUAAUCGAUUUGAUGAACCAGCAGAAUGGGAAUCACUCCUUGGCGGGGAAUGAGAGGAAGGACUCCACAGGAAACCGAUCCACCGGUGAGCCUACGCCUCCAUCUUCAGACGAGAACGAUUCGCUGCCAUCGAAGGAGGAUGUCGACUGUGCGGUGAAGCCGUUUGGGAAGAUGAAGAUUAGCAAGAAUGAGAUUUCUUACGUUGGUGAGACGCAUUGGAGGGCUAUCUUGAGUGGCAUAGAUAGCCUUCGAAGAGAAUUGGAAGACGAAGAAGAUGUGAGACAUGUUGAGGAGGAUGAUGAUUCUGCCAAUACACCUCCCUGGAGGCACGACGCCAAUGAUGCCAAUUCUGGCUGGCAAGACCCAGUCGUACCGACAAACGGGCUUGGAUUUGUGUUGAGAAAUUCUGGCCGGAUGACGAGAGAACAACUCAUCGCCUCUGUGCCUGAGAAGCGUAUAGCGGAUCGCCUGCUGAGUCUGUGGUUCAACUCACCGGAUCCCUUCAAGCCGAUUCUCCACGGCCCCAGCUUUCAAGAACAGUAUCGCUCGUUUCUACGAGACCCAUCACAGACACCCACCAUGUGGCUUGGCUUGCUGUUCGCCAUUUUGAGUCUGGCGGCUUCUUUCGGACUGCGAGAUUGUGAUCCGAAUAGUCCAAGUGGACGAAACGUUGCUGCUGAAGUCGGUAGAUACCACGCUCUGGCUGCGUCUGCUGCCGUUCUGGCGGACUUUACGAAACCCAAGCAGCAUACUAUUGAAUGCCUUUUGCUCUAUGGAGCUGGUCUGAGGAGCAGCAGUAAUGCUUUUGUGAAUGUAUGGCUGAUGAUUGGACUUUGCGUGAGAUUAGCUCUACGUAUGGGGUAUCACCGGGACUCCKCCAACUACCCAGCCAUCUCGCCGUUCCAUGGCGAGAUGAGGCGCCGGGUAUGGGCUGCAAUUACUAUGCUGGAUGUGCUGAUAUCUUUCCAGCUGGCUCUUCCUUCCAUGGUCAAGACUGUUGUGUCAGACACGCAGCCACCUCGCAAUCUUCUAGACCGUGACUUCAAUGUUGACACCAAAGUGUUACCUCCCAGCCGCGGUGUAGAUGAGCUGACGCCAUCAUCAUAUACGAGAAGCAAGUUAAGGAUAGUGACCAUCUUUGCAGAAGCUGCGGAGUUGAGUCACGCCACCAUACCGCCCUCGCACGACGAAAUGAUGGAACUCGACCGCAGACUUGAAGAAGCGAAGAUGCAGCUGCCUCCUCUCUUGCAAAUGCCCGAUAUCAGUGAGCUUGUCACGGAUCCUGCCGAGCAGUUGAUGUGCCGUUUCAAUAUAGACCUCCUCUAUCUCAAGACCAAGAUUGUCCUACACAGACGAUACAUGGAGACGCCAUUCUUGCACCUCAUGCCUCAGGAGCAGAAACUGGGCAUCGGCAUGAGCAGGAGGCUCGCUGUGGACUCCGCACUAAGCGUGCUCCAACACCACCACACGAUCUUCACCGCCAGUCAACCCGGUGGACAGCUCGAGCAAGUCUCUUGGUACAUGGGAAGCAUCUCCACGCAUGACUUUCUCCUUGCUGCCAUGGUCAUCUGUCUCGAACUUUCUCAACAAAUCACCUCAUCGUCCGUAUUGAACCCGAAUGGGCCUCAAUGUCCUCGUCGUUUGGCUCAAAUAGAGGCUCUGGAACGAAGUCAACAGAUUUGGGAGUCUACUGGUCGGAAACGGCGUGCGGCCCGUUUACAGGGCCGAGAUCCGAAUCUCGCUAGAGAGUAUAUGUUGGACGACACGGAGAAGGCUGCUGUUGCGAUGCGUGUCAUGCUUAACAAGGUCAAACAGCGAUUUCCCACGCAAGAGUCUGUCGAGUCUGAGAAGGUGCAGGGUAGUAGUGUUUUUACUACACCCUCUUUAGGUGCCACGAGCACGGCACCUUCCGGAGGGACCUCAUUUAAUAAUCAGCUUUGGGACAGCAAUAUGUCCGGCAACUUGGAAAUGACCAAUAUGCAGUAUUACACCCCCAACGACGAAAACCUCUCCAAUCCCAACACAAACAAUCCCUACGAUAUGCCCCCUCAACUCGACUAUCUCGGAGACAUGCUCGAUAAUUCGGGAGUGAUUGAUUGGAAUAUGUUCGAUACAGGAGUGAAUAAAAGUCCCACUACUCAAGAGGAGGGCCACCAAUUUUUGGAUUAUUCGCCGGACGAUAUACUGCGAAUUCCUGUCGCUGGGAAUGCUUUGAUGGGUGAUGGGACUGGGCCUGGUACUGGGGGGAAUUUGCCUGAGGGAUGGCUUUCGUUUCGGGAUAUGGAUGAUGUGGGAUUUGAUGUUGUGUCGGAGUUUUGUUUUUGA